AACAGCAGAAACAACGAUCUGACCUCAGCUGAGAUAAAAUAACCUGCUGCUGCCUAAUAAACAAACUUCAGGAUGGCUCGUCUGGUUCUGUCUGCGAUUGUGCUGAUGAUGGCUGUCAUCGCUUUCACUGAAGGUCUGCGAGGAGUUGGACCAAAGAAGUGCUGCUUCCAGUUCAAUGACAAGAAGGUUUCAAUAAAUAGGGUGGUGGGCUACACCAAAACCAGUCAGCGCUGCCCCAACCCUGCCUUCUUGCUGAAAACAGUUGCAGGCCGUCAGCUGUGUGUCAGACCUUCAGCACCCUGGGUGAAGGAGCUCAUCAGCCAGCUGGAGGCCAAAAAGGUUUCUGGUUCAAACUCCAACCUGUAAACGUGCAAAUAAUCUACCCACAAGCCAGCCUGCAUGAUUAUGUAGGUUGGAUGUGAUGCUACAGUUUCUUACAGAAAACUAAUUUUCUUCAUGUAAAUGAAGCAUUUUUAUUGUGGUUGUCAUACGGAACAACAGAUAUAUUUUUUUUAAAGAUACGAUACUUAAAGUUCAACCAUCAACUUUAUUUCUAUUGUAGUUUGAACUGACCUUAGAAAGUAACUAAUGUAAAAGACAACUGUCUUCCAAAUCCACAAGUGUCAUCUUUAUCCUAUAAGCUAUAACUGUUGCAAUUGCUCCUGUAAUACCUUAAAUGUUUUUAUUUGAUUAUAUUUAAAGUCUUAUUUUACCCAGAAGUAUUUUAAUCCAUUCAGAAGUUUCUUGUCCAUUUGUGUGUAUGUUUGAACCAGUGUAUUGCAUACAAAAUAA